CCGUCGCAGUAGUUGCUGAACCAGCUGGCAAUAUAAACAAUCUCUACGGUGGCAAAGCGCUUGGGCUUGGAAAAGUGAUGGAAAAUCGGAUCCUACCGCACGGUCAGGCGUGACAACCCUCGACUUCAUUAGUUCAAGUACAUUAUUACGAAUUUAAAACCACGAAAGCGACGCCGAAUCAAGAAGGAACGAUGCUGGGUCGAAUUUCGGCAGCCCUUCAGACGGCCGUGGAUACGAUUGCCCCGCCGGUGCCGUUGCUUCAGGAUUUCAUUUACCACUGGAAACAGGUGAUGCGCUUCUAUGACACCAAGGACGACGAACUGAACGUGCCCAUUGAGUCGACGCACCUGCCUAUUCACCUGGAACAAAUGCUGACGGCUCUGCAAGAGGAGCAAGAUGAGUCGAGGAGGUACAAAGAAGGGUCAGAGGUGCACUCUGGACCUUGCUUAGAAUACCUGAUUCAACACAGGGUGCCCGAUCUUCUCGCCUCGCUCACAGUGGCAGACACGCCUUCAGGAAUGAGACAUUUGGGUUUGGUUUUCUUCUCUCGGCUCACCUCCCUGGCUUACACUCAGCUGCUAAGUCAACCUGCCCUCCACGAGCCGAUUCAGAAAAUAGUAAAAAUGUGUGGCCAAACUGCCGCCUCUCCCACAGAAGCUCAGGAGGUGCGACUUCUGUGCGUUCUGGCAGCCGUAAUUGGUCAGAAACCAGAUCUAGCCAGUCUGUUCUGCAAAGCGCCAACCUCGGUGCCUGGGUCGCCCGCUACGUCUGCAUCCUCUUCCCAAGAGUCCACACCAAGCCCAAUCCACGAAGAUUCGCGUCGUAAUGAGAAUUUGAUUAUCGAGGCGCUACUAAAAUUCAUUGACAGCGCUGAUGGGCGGCUAAGGGUCAAAACCUGUGAAUCUCUGCUUGUGCUGACCAACAUCGCAAGUACCGCCCAUUUGAUAGCCGAAGAGUCCACUCUUGCUGAGACUGUCGCCCUUCGGUUGGCCAUGCUACAUUGCGAGGUACCACCUUCCAUUGAGCCCUCGGAACUGGAGGACAUGCACGCUUCUUGGGGGAUGGACAACCCUUUGGAUGUGAGGGAACCUUACCCAGGCUGCAGGCAACUCGCUGCUUACCUUUCCUGGUGGAAUUUCUGUGAUAAGAUGGUUGGGGAUUCUCGGCCUGAAAUUGGUCGAUCGCUGGUGAGCAACAUCCAGGAUCACUUUCUUGUGCGCCAGUUGCAAACCAGAAUUUGCGCGGGUGCCGAGCUCGCGAGCAAUCCAGAAGAGGAAGACCCAAAGCAAUUGCAGGACUCGGUGAUCACGCUUGUCCAUGUGGGCAAGUUGCUGAGGGAGUGCAAAGCGCCGUUGUUGAGGACAGGACUGAGCCACUGGAUAGCGGGGGUGACGACCCACUCGGUGCUUGAUACCUCCGUGCGGGACUCGAUCCUUAGACUGCUUGAGGUUGCCCACGGCGACCUGGCGGUGGAGACGAUGAGGCUGAUGGAGGUCAUGGUCGAUGAAACCUUUGAGCCUGCACUGCAAUCGCUUAUUUUUUCGCACUUUGCGCCUCUUAAGGUCACUGCGCAUAUUUCCAGUGAGCUUGAAGUUAGCCUUGAAGGUAAAUACCAGCCAAGCCUCACAUUUGCUCCAAAAAAUGUACAAGCAACUCUGGAAGGAUUCCUUCAACUUCUGCCACCGUUUUUGAGGACUGGAGAAACAGAAGCGGGAUAUGAGACUUAUCUUCAGGACGCUCAGAGGCAGUACCAAGCAAUGUGGAAGAAAUGUCUCUGUCUGGGCUGGCCGUUGGAAGUGGUGGCUGCCGAGGAGGAUGGCAACAGCAGUGACUCUCGCCCUGAAGACGAACACACUGACGGCGUGCCACCGGUGCUGAAAACUCUGUUCCACCGUAUCGAAACAUUCCCUGAGCAGGAGUACGAGCUGAACCUGCAGCUGACCUCCCUGCUCUCCCGACUGGCCAUUCUGCCUCACGCAGGUCUCUACGAGCUGUUGCUCUCGCCUGGACAGGUAUCGCCCACGAACCAGAGCCCAGAGCAGCUCAUCUCAGGCAUCGGUCUGGCCGUCUCCUUGCGCAGACUGGCGCUCAGACUGGCCAAGGAGGCGCCAAGCGUAUCCAACUUGCAGAAGAGGCUCAGGUCCACCAGAAACAAGCUGCUUGGAGAUCCAAGCCUCAGUGAAGAUAAUCCCAACCAGCCUCCAUUAACAAAUGAGCAAGAAAGUCUAUUGGAAAGCAUAGUCGUCCUGGAAGAAUUCUGCAAGGAGCUUUCAGCCAUUACCUUUGUCAAAUACCACCUUCAUUCUCCAGUGUAGCUGGUUUUAUUUCUAUAAUUUUAGUGACCUGGCAAAUUACCCUGAAGUGUAAAAAGCACAAAACACAGAAACAACAAUAUCUGCUACGCACCAUCUCUAGUCUUGAAAAGACAUACCACAAAGCAUCAAAUUACUGUAAAGGAUGGGAAAAGCUACAAUAUAUAAUUAAAUGUGCAAAGUCAAGAAGUGUUUUUAUGUCAACGCGAGCUUUAAUUUGUAACUCACUUAUGGAUCUAAAAAUAGGAAUGUAUCUUUUUUUCACUUAGUUAAUUUGUGUGUUUUGUUGAUUCACAAACCAACUUGUGUGUUCCAAACCAUUUGAUUUCUUUUUCAUGUAUGAAAAGUCACUUGUCUAGUCUGAAUAAAACGAAUGAGAGUCUAGUAUAA